AUGGCGGACCAAAGGAAAAUCCACCAACCAAUCCACCCCUCCGUCCGCGCCAAGCUGGAUCCAGAGUACGUCGCCCUCCACGACGCCAUCAUCCAGUACAUGGAACCCUCCGAGGCCCGACCCUGGGACCCGGCCUCGCGCUCGGCGCCGAACCCGCUCGCGCACACCACGCAGAAGCUCUCGCCCGUGGGCAAGCAGUGGGACGAGGAGAUUGGCGGCGAGAUCCAGGUGCGCGUCUUCGUCCCCGAGGGCCAGGCGCCGUCCCAGGCCGGGUGGCCUUGCUUGGUCUGGUUUCACGGCGGCGGGUGGGUGAAUGGUGGGCUGGAUAACGAAAAUGGCUUCUUGACGCAUGUUUGUAAAUAUGUGAACUGCGUCGUCGUCACGAUAAACUACCGCCACGCCCCAGAACACGUCUACCCAGCCGCCGUUGACGACUGCCUCACGGGCCUAAAGUGGCUCUACGACCCCUCCAACGCCUCCCGUCUAUCCAUCAACACAUCCCUCGUCACAAUCGGCGGCCUCUCAGCAGGCGGCAACCUCGCCGCAAUCACAACCCUAACCGCCUCCCUCGCCUCCCUCUCUCCGCCCCCCAUCUCCCAACUCCUCCUCUGCCCCGUAAUCGACUCAACCGCCACCGCCUCCACAGGCUGGUCCGCCACCCGACACGUCCCCUGGCUGACGCCCUCCCGCAUGGGCUGGUACCAGGACCUCUACUUCUCCCGCGGCGACGCCGACAAGAAGCAGUGGCAGGCGUCGCCGUGUUUCGCACCGCCCGAGAUUCUGGCAAGGAGCCCGAAGACGUGGCUGGCUGUCGCGGGGGUGGAUUUGUUGACGACGGAGGGGUUGGCGUAUGCGGAGCUGUUGAGGGGCGUUGGGGUCGAGGUUGAGACGAGGGUGUAUGAGGGGGCGACGCAUUCUGUGCUUGUGCUUGCUGGUGUCCACCAGAUUAGCAGAAAACUUGUCCACGACGCGUGUGCCGUCCUGGCAAAGGGCUUCGGAACUUCGUACGACCCUGCGGCGGCUCCUAUCCUCUCGCAGGAGGAGUAACCUAUUCAUGACGUGGAAGGGGGGAAGGGCAAAAUGUUUGACCAUGUGCGGGGAGUUUCGUCUUACUCCCGCCUUUGGCAACAUAUCCCAGGGCACUAGAAUUCAGAACACGCCUCGAGACCACAAGAGGGAUAGAUAUAGAAAGGGCGAAGAAGAAACAUAAAAAUGGUAUUUGUCUUUUUGAUCGUAAUUACAAACCAUGUAACCGUCAAAGGCGGGAAAACCCCCCGUAAAACUUCUUUCGUAGUUGACGUUUAGAGGACCUAGUCUAUUUCCUAGAAGGGCGCCUUGUUUAUUAUGCUCGGAGAAAAGAAAAAAAGGGGGGGAGGGAAUAUC